UAUUUGCAAACACAACCUUGACCCUAGGGUUUCCUUUACAUCUUCUCUCGCUCGAUUCAGGCUUUUUUUGAUGAUCACCUCAUCAUGAUGGGAUCAAUGGUAUGAGGGAUAGUAUGCAGGAUUGAAAAAGGUUAUGCUAGACCCACGUUGAUAUACAUCUAUCCACAGUAUGGAAGAUGAUAAUGGUCUUGAGCUGAGUUUGGGUUUAUCCUUUGGUGGAUCAGCUGUUAAAUCCAAAGGUAAAAGUGGUGGCUCUUUGGAUGCUAAAACAGAAGAAGAUGAUAGAGGCAACAAAAUAGAUGAUUUUAAAAAUUUCCUGAAUGGCGGCAACCAGAAACUGGACUCUGGUACUGGAUCUCAGAGAAGUGAUUCUGUGAAACCUCAAGAAAAUUUCUUUAAUGAUCUUUGCAAGGCCAGUGCUGAUGCCGAUCCUUCUAUGAACUUGAACGGCAGAGGGCUCUGGGUUACAAACAGCAGACCUGAAAUUGAGGAAGCAAAACGACCAGAGGCAAGUAACAAACGGAAAAUGUUGUUUGAUGACAUGAACAAUCAAAAAAAGCAUGAGAGAGAAGCUCACCCUGCUGAUUUACAUGACAAGACAAAAACAUCCUAUAUUUCCAUAACAACUGAGGAAGGCUCGACUGCUGAAAAUGAAGAUGUGGCCGAGUCUGAAGUUGAGGGCUCAACAUCAAGGCUGGUUUCUCACCAUGAUGAUGGUUCCAAACAAUACAUCGGAGUUGCCGGUGCUUCUGAGGUUCCGAAGGACGUCCGCGGGUUUUCUAAUUCAAACAUUGUGAAUCUACAAGGACAAAAGAGGUUUAACAGUUCAUCAGAAAAUGAAUUUAAGCUUGGAAACAUGACCUACGGCGCUCCAUUCUCAGUCCAAUCACUAAACAUCAUGAAUAUUCCAUACACAAUAUCUAUGAAAGAUUCUAACUCUUCUGGUGUACCUGGCUCAUCUGGCCAUCCACUACCUGGCAUGAUACAGAAGAUGCCUACUACAAAUAAUGAUCGUCAAGGAGCCCAGUCUGUGAAUCCUGGAAACUUCCCAGUUAUGUUUGGGUACUCACCUGUCCAACUUCCAAUGUUUGAUAAAGAUAAUUCCUGGGGGUCGGUUUCUCAAUCUCAGCAGCUCCACCCUUCCUAUGCUGGCAGAGGUCCGCCUAACUCAGAUAAGCAGAACGAUGGAUUAAAGAUAUCUCAAGCUGCCAUGCAAUUUGAUGGGAGGACUAUAGAAUGGGCCAAAAGUGAAGGGAAACAGCUUGGCACAGAAGAAGGUUCAUCUACUCAGGCAGAAGAAGAUGGUAAAGUAAGUGGCGUGAACAAUAGGGCAAAAGAUGCAUCCGACCGUUCAACAUUGGAUGGUUUCACUCUUGAUUUAUCAGCUAUAAAGCCAGGUAUUGAAGCAGACCUGAAAUUUGGGGGAUGUGGUUCAUACCCAAAUUUACCAUGGGUAUCAACCAAGGGUUCUGGCCCAAAUGGUAGGACAAUAUCUGGUGUUACUUAUAGGUACAGUGCAAACCAAAUCAGGAUUGUUUGUGCUUGUCAUGGUUGCCACAUGUCCCCUGAGGAGUUUGUUCGGCAUGCCAAUGACGAGAAUAGUAAUCCAGAGGGUGGUGCUGGAUUGUUGACAUUUUCAAGUUCAAAUCCCGCUGCCUCCGCUCAGAGCUGAAAUUUACUUUGUUGAGACUGAUAU